AUGGAGCAGAUCCUCAUUUACGAGCUCAUGCCCAACAACGACCUUGAGAGAUGGAUUGGUCUUGAUGUCUCCAACCCACUUUCGCUUCGCCAAAGGCUGGACGUUCUGAUAGGAGUGGCAAAGGGAUUGGAAUAUCUUCAUGACUUCGGCAUUGUACAUCAUGACAUCAAGCCCGCCAACAUUCUUCUUGAUGCAAAAAUGCAGGCCAAGAUUGCGGAUUUCGGACUUGUGAAGCUAAGUGGAGGCACCGCUUGGGGCACGAAUGUAGCGGCCACUAGAGUGAUGGGAACACCAGGCUAUGUGGACCCUGCCUACUACAAGUCUCACAAGGCCACUCCAGCAGCAGAUGUGCACAGGUGA